AUGGAAAAAAUGAAAGCUGUGCGAAUUAAUCAAAAAGGUGAUAUUAAAAAAUUGGUAGUAGAAGAUGUCGCAAAACCCAUUCCAAAGCAAGGAGAAUUAUUAAUUAAAGUUUAUGCUUCUGCCAUUAAUCCUAGCGAUGUUUAUAACGUUCUAGGCAGAUUUCAGCUUACAACUUUACCGCGCAUUCCCGGAAGGGAUUUUGCAGGCAUAGUCGUCGAUGGCCCACCUGAAUGGCUGAAUAAGGAAGUAUUCGGAACUGGUGGACACAGUGGAUUCACGUUUGAUGGAACUCAUGCUGAAUAUAUUAUAGCAACUCCUGAAACUGUAGCUAUCAAGCCUGAAAAUUUAACUCUCACUGAAGCUGCUUCAGUUGGUGUUGGAUUUUUAGCUGCUUACUUCGCCUUGGUUACUGCAAAUAUCCAAAAAGAUGAAAACGUUCUUGUUAUAGGUGCACGUGGAGCGGUCGGUUCUUCCACGGUUCAAAUAGCAAGAUUUCUUAAAGCUAGACCAAUUGGUGCAUUUUCUAAUAAACCACCUCUGGAGUUUGGACCCGAUUUUAUUGACACCUCAAAUGAGGAUUUAAAAAAGAAAGCUCUUUAUUUAACGGGUCAAAAAGGUGUUGAUGUCGUGAUUGACUGUGUUGGAAACUCUGCACUAUUUGAUAAGGCUCUUUCAUCAUUGAAAGACCGCGGAAGAUAUGUUAUGAUGACUGUUGGAGAACUUCGUCUUUUUGGACUUAACACAUUAAACUAUACUCGAGAAGAUGCUGCUAAAAUGUUUAAUACAUUGAAACCAGAAUUUGAAAGUUGUGCUCUCCGAGCUCCACAAAAUAUUAGAGUAUUUCAAUUAGACCAAUGUGUAGAAGCAUAUGAAUACGUGCAAGGUAGACCCAAGGAGAAAGUUGUUUUCACAAUCCAGUAA